CGAACACGAAUGAUAAAUUGAGAAUGAAGAGAGGCCCUUGGUGGCAGUGAAGCGCGCACAAUGCGAGAGUGUCAGUUGUAGCGACACAGAAGAAAUAAAGGAAUGAUGAGAAUGGGUGGAAGGCAAAUGACAAGAUCCAAAUCCCCACUUCUAGUAUUGACCCUGGUUCUCGCGGCCCUCUCCCUCCUCUUCUUCUUCCUCUUCUCUUUCCGCAGCGAUGGCCCCGCCCCGUUCUCCGAUGGCCCACUCCACCCGAACCCGAUUUACAAACCCGAAACCUCCUUCGUCGCCUCCCUCGAGCGCUUCCUCCUCGCUUUUCACAACUCCCCUCCUUCCGCCCCCCAGAGGACUCACGAUCCUGAACACCUCGACGAUUUGCUCUUCAACACCGACACUCAGCGACUCUACGCAGAUCCCUACUACCCACUCACCAUGCCUCUUAGGGUUUACGUCUACGACAUGCCCCCCAAGUUCACCUACGAUCUCCUCCGCCUCUUCAUCACCUCCUACAAGGACACCUCCAAUCUCACCUCCAAUGGAAGCCCCGUCCACCGCCUCAUCGAACAGCAUUCGAUUGAUUACUGGCUGUGGGCGGAUUUGAUAGCUCCGGAGUCAGAGAGGCUGCUGAAGAGCGUAGUGAGAGUGCAUCGGCAGGAGGAGGCAGACCUCUUCUACGUUCCCUUCUUCACCACCAUUAGCUUCUUCUUGAUGGAGAAGCAGCAAUGCAAAUCGCUUUACAGGGAAGCUCUCAAGUGGAUCACGGAUCAGCCUGCCUGGAACCGAUCCGGAGGAAGGGAUCAUAUUAUUCCAGUUCAUCAUCCUUGGUCGUUUAAGUCUGUUCGCCGAUCUGUGAAAAAUGCAAUUUGGCUGCUUCCUGAUAUGGACUCUACAGGCAACUGGUACAAGCCAGGACAAGUUUAUUUGGAGAAAGAUCUCAUUCUUCCUUAUGUUGCCAAUGUUGAUCUUUGUGAUGCCAGAUGUGUAUCUGAGACUCAAUCCAGGAGAACAACUCUGCUCUUUUUUCGUGGGCGGCUUAAAAGAAAUGCGGGAGGGAAGAUACGUGCAAAACUUGUAGCAGAACUUAGUGGGGCUGAGGGUGUAUCUAUAGAGGAGGGGACAGCUGGAGAAGGAGGAAAGGCAGCAGCUCAGAAUGGAAUGCGCAAGUCUAUAUUUUGCUUAAACCCAGCUGGUGAUACUCCAUCAUCUGCUAGAUUAUUUGAUGCCAUUGUUAGUGGUUGCAUACCGGUCAUAGUUAGUGAUGAGUUGGAGCUUCCUUUUGAAGGAAUACUAGAUUAUAGAAAGAUUGCUUUAUUUGUUUCUUCCAGUGAUGCUGUACAACCAGGUUGGCUUUUAACAUAUCUUAGAAAUAUUAGCCCUGCUCAAAUUGAAGAAAUGCGCCAGAAUCUUGCUAAGUACUCAAGGCAUUUCAUAUAUUCCAGUCCUGCUCAACCCUUGGGUCCGGAAGACUUGGUUUGGAGAAUGAUGGCUGGUAAGUUGGUGAAUAUCAAGCUUCACACUCGACGAUCUCAACGUGUGGUGAAAGAGUCGAGAAGCAUCUGCACCUGCGAUUGCAGACGCCCCAAUUCCACAACCCCAGGUCACUUGUUGUAAUUAUCAGCUCCUCUCUCUCACUCACUGUUGUGCUUGGAGAUACAUGAGGGAGGUGAUUCACAUAUUGUUCUUGCUAGUGUCUUAUCCUUUGGCCGUAGGGAUUAUACUAUUCAUAGUGGAUUUUUUGAAAUACUCUGCCCUUCAAUACGUGUAAUUGGUUUGUGUCUCAAUACUCUUAUUCUGCUAUUGAGCAAGGCUAUAGACAAAGCAAAAAACAGAUUGAUAUUUGGAAGCGAGUAGCCAAAGUAGGCCAUAGUAGCUUACAUCUCUAUCUUUGGUUUGCCA